GCUCGCGGAUGUGAGCUUGAGAGCAACAACAGCAAUCUAAACAACAACAACAACAACGACAGCAAAUCUUCACAGGGCCUAAAGUGUGCUGUGGAAACUAGCGAGCUCGUCUGUGAAUUUUUAUUUGCAUUUUUUAAUCUGUAUAUUUUGGACGUGCGCUGAAGCAAGGUAGAAAAAAGGGGGGCGGGGAGCGCGGAGGUGACAGCUAGCUCGGCUAAUCUUCACCUGCUCUCUGUUCGUACGUCCAAAAUGUGCGCUUAGCGCUUUAGCUAACUAACGGUAAUCUGACGGGCACACGCCUCCGUGGGUAAACAGCGUGGCGCUGUGAGCGUCACGCAGCUCUCCGGACUCUGCUGCUCACCUUAAAAUUUUACUCUCCCGGAGCAUCGUAUGUGUCAGGUAAAGACUUGUUUUCCUAUCGGCUAGCAUCGCGUUAGCCAAGUAGCCUUCAGGAAAUGUCAGACAACCAAAGCUGGAACUCCUCAGGUUCCGAGGAAGACUUGGAUCCCGAGUUUGGACAUCACGUUGGUAUAACCGAGUACAGCGGAGUGCUGAGUAAGUGGACAAAUUACAUCCAUGGCUGGCAAGACCGUUGGGUGGUGCUGAAAAAUAACACGCUGAGCUACUACAAGUCUCAGGAUGAGACGGAGUACGGCUGCCGGGGUUCCCUCUGUCUUACUAAAGCUGUUAUUUCUCCUCAUGAGUUUGAUGAAUGCAGACUGGAUAUCAGUGUCAACGACAGCGUUUGGUACCUGAGAGCACAAGACCCGGAGCACAGACACCAGUGGAUUGACUCCAUUGAGCUGCACAGGAGUGUCAGAGAAGGGAGGAGAGAGAAGGCAGGAGUCCAGGGCACAGUACUCAUCCCACCAUCACUGGUGGAUUCUGGGUAUGGCUCAGAGUCCAGUCUGCGAAGACAUGGCUCCAUGUUGUCUCUCACAUCUGCCACCAGUGGCUACUCUGCCACCUCCACAUCCUCCUUCAAGAAGGGUCACAGCCUGAGAGAGAAGUUGGCAGAGAUGGAGACCUUCAGAGAUAUCCUUUGCAGGCAGGUGGACACGCUUCAGAAAUAUUUUGACAACUGUGCUGACGCUUUGUCCAAGGAUGAGCUGCAGAGAGACAAAAUUGUGGAGGAUGAUGAGGAUGACUUUCCCAGUACUCGCACUGAUGGGGAGUUUUUGCACAACAACAACAACGGCAGUAAAGAAAAAUUGUUCCAUUGUCCAAAUCCCAAAGGAAUCAAUGGCAUAGAUUUUAAAGGUGAGGCCAUCACAUUCAAAGCCACCACAGCUGGGAUCCUGGCCACUCUGUCCCACUGUAUUGACCUGAUGGUGAAGAGAGAAGACAGCUGGCAAAAGAGACUGGAUAAGGAGAUGGAGAAGAGAUGGAGGUUAGAGGAGAACUAUAAAUCAGCCCUCAUUGAGUUGAAGAAAAAGUCUCACUUUGGUGGUCCAGAUUAUGAGGAGGGGCCAAACAGCCUCAUCAAUGAGGAUGAAUUUUUCGACGCAGUGGAAGCUGCUCUCGACAGGCAGGACAAAAUAGAAGAACAGUCUCAAACUGAGAAGACAAGAACCCAGAGAUCGAGUCCAGUUCCCUCCAGAGACGUCUAUUCCAGCGCUGCCACACACCGCUUCUCUGAAAAGUCCUUGCCUGCUUUGAUAGUCGGUGUCCUUCCUCAUGGUGCUCACAGAUUCCACACUGAGGUGGAGGAGAUGGUGCAGAGUCACAUGACCUACUCCCUGCAGGAUGUCGGUGGAGACGCCAACUGGCAGCUUGUCGUGGAAGAGGGAGAAAUGAAGGUCUACAGGAGGGAGGUGGAAGAAAAUGGGAUUGUGUUGGACCCACUGAAGGCCACCCACUCAGUAAAGGGAGUGACCGGUCACGAGGUCUGCCACUACUUCUGGGAUACUACCUACCGCAACGACUGGGAGACCACGAUUGAAAACUUCAGCAUUGUGGAGACACUGUCAGACAACGCAAUAAUCAUCUACCAAACACACAAGAGGGUGUGGCCUGCUUCUCAGAGGGACGUGCUCUACCUGUCCGCCAUGAGGCGGGUGUUGGCCGACAAUGAGAACGACCCUGACACGUGGCUCGUGUGUAAUUUCUCAGUGAACCAUGAGGAUGCUCAGCCAAGCAGCCGAUGUGUUCGUGCAAAAAUCAACAUCGCCAUGAUCUGUCAGACCCUGGUCAGCCCACCAGAGGGCAAUAAAGAGCUCAGUAGAGAAAACAUCACAUGUAAAAUCACCUACGUAGCCAACGUGAAUCCAGGAGGCUGGGCUCCGGCCUCUGUGCUCAGGGCCGUAGCUAAGAGGGAGUACCCCAAGUUCCUCAAACGCUUCACCUCCUACGUGCAGGAAAAAACCACCGGCAAGCCAGUCUUAUUCUGAGGCUCUCAGAUUUCAGGCACCACUUCACUCAAGUGGAGACACGCUGACUGAGCUUCUCAUGAGGACGAGUCAAAUAAUGUCUUGAAAUUUCAGGCUGCUGCCCAACAACAAGUCAACUUCUGAAAAUCCCCCCCCCCCCCCUUCUUUUUUUAUGUAUCAGGCACUGCAACCUUAACUUCUGAGUGUGGGAGAUUGACUAUAGUGCCCUCUAGUGCUUGCAGUUGCUCCUUUCACUACUCAGUAAAAAAUGAUUUAAGCCAGUUUGGAGUUUUGAGGUUGAAUUAUACAACCCCUGGCAAAAAUGAUGGAAUCACCGGCCUCGGAGGAUGUUCAUUCAGUUGUUUAAUUUUGUAGAAAAAAAGCAGAUCACAGACAU